AUGCCUUACAGUCGGAUUGAACAGGCGGCUCUGUUGAAAUGGGUCAACACAUUUCCCCUCGACUACGAGGUCGAAUCACUCGCCAACCUGACCGAUGGCUUUGUCCCAUCUAAAAUGCUAGAGGACAUCGAUCCAAAAUACGCCGUUCGCGAUCUCGAAAUAAAUAGCACCGCAUCAAGAUGGCUAGGCAAGAAGAAGAACUUGGAGGCAGUUUCCAAGUCGCUGUUCCGUUACAUCCGCAAACACUGCGACGAUCUCGAUCCUAUUGCUCUGGAAAGCGAUAUCGAUUUCAAUGCUAUGGCAGAGCACGAUGAUGUGGAACAAAUGGCCAAGCUACUCACUGUUCUCUUACUGGCAGCUGUAAGGGGCUCAAAUAACGAAAAAUAUGUUACCAAAAUUACGAACGAUCUAGAUCCAGACACACAAAGCCAGGUUGCAAACAUAAUACAAAGUGUGACGGAGGGGAACACUAGAAGCCCGGCAGAUAACAACGCUGGCCCCGACCAGGCAGUCGCAAAAGAUCCAGAGCUUGCGCUAGAAGCCGAACAUGCUACACUUUUGGCCGAGCACGAAGGGUUGAAGAAGAAGCACGCAGAUUUUAUAACCCGAUUUGAGCGUUUGCAACAGAGCCACGAUGAACUUUUGGAACAUAGUAAUGAGGUGGACCGUCAGUUGGAUGAUCUACAGAACUCACAAAGUGGUGACCAAACCGAGUACAUACAAAGUUUAAAAGGCCAGUUACUGGAGGCUAAUGAGCUAAUCGCAAACCAAGAGCAGCAAGCAGAAACUGAUCGAGUCACCAAAGAGAGGCAGGAGAGAGAACUCCAAUCUUUGCGUCCGUCUGCUGAGCGACUUAUCAAUCUCGAGGACCAUUUAAAAGAACUCAAGGCAGAAAAUGUCACGUUGUCCAGGAAAGCCAACACCCUAGAUCACUUCCAAAAGAAGCUUGAGGCCCAAAGUGGAGUCGAAAAGGACAACACUGAUCUUCGCCGUCGAAUUGAUGUUCUAGAAGAGAACCAAAAGACCUUUGACAAGGUCCAUGAGGAGAACUCAAAGAUGCAAAUGACACUGGCCGAAUAUCAACAGAGAUUCCACUCUUAUGAGCUCAACGUCGUCGAACGAGCUGGCCAAACGAAGAUUCUUGAAGAGCAUCUACGGCAACGUGACGCCCAAAUCCAAAAUCUUCUAGCAAGCAAAGCACACGACGAAAGAUUCAUUGAAGACUUGCAAGAGUCACUGAAAACCGGUGGGGUAGGUCCAUUAUCGCCACCAUCACCUACAGCAACAGCAACAACUCUGCACCUAAGUCUUGGAGACGAGUUGGAUCAAACCGACGACGUGAACUAUCCUCUCCAACUCUCCAGGCUCAAGGCGGAAAUUCAACUUUUGAAGAGCAAUUCGGCUGGUACUACGAAUGUGAACCUUCGGAUUGAUCUUGAAGAAUCGGACAGAGUACGAAAGAGACUUGAAUUGAAUCUGCGAGAUCUACAAGAAAAGCACGCAAUUGGGCAACAUCAAUUGGGUGCUAUGAUUAGCAAAAUCGAUUCAGAAAAGUUAGUCCCCUUGGUUGAUGAAUUAAUGAAAACUGGUCCGUUCCAGAUAUUCAUGCCUGAGUUUUAUAGGGACGAAGCCGUUGCCGCAACCCGAAGGCUCUACAUGGAGGCCGUUCAAGAGCUGUUGCUCAUCAAAACAAAACUUGCCGAGACGGAGGCAGAACUCUCUAGUCGUGAAAGAGAUCUUCUUGCUGCCAAAGCUGAUCUGAGCGCAAUCGAUCAAGGAGAAAUAGAUGGUUUGGAAGAACUCAAAACUGCGAAUGAACUCAUCACUUCCUCCCUUCAAAAUGAUUUGCUCCUCUGCCAGAGCAAAAUGAGAAAUCUGUCAACUGAUUUCGAGCAGCAGAAAUCGCACCUACUGGAUGCACUCCUGGCUAAAGACAGACUCACACAAGAAAUCGUUAAAUUGCAGGAAGGAACAUCUACUAGCCGGGGAGCAGAUAAGACUCAACCAGACGAAGCAACCAAUGCGGCGCUGCAAAAAUCAAAAGAGCAAAUCGAGAAGCAAGAGGCGGCUAUCCAAGAUCUCCAGCGAAAACUCAAGACUGCCGAAGAAAGCAGCCCAGAUGCUCAAAAGGCUGCCAAUGAGGCCACGAUCAAGAACCUUACUCGCGAGAACGCCCUCAUUGCCAGCGCCUGGUACGAUAUCACCGGUCGACUACAGAGCAACCAUGUGGUGCUACAGCGCCGGCAAGAUGCUCCAAAGAGUUGGUUGAAUAAGCAGAGACAGAUGGUCAAUGCCAUUCCGAGGCGAUAG